UCAAGGAAUUAGGAAUCUGUGAUAUCAUACCAUUAUUAUUGUCUUCCUUCUCCCCUAAAAAAACCCUAUUUAUAUUCUCUCUCCUCCUUUUUCUUCUUCACCAGCAGUCAUCAAUUUGCAGCAAAAUUCUCAUCGAAUCUUCUAAUCGGGGGUAGUUACGAUGUCUACUCCCUCAAGAAAGCGGCUCAUGAGGGAUUUUAAGAGGUUGCAACAGGAUCCUCCUGCAGGCAUUAGUGGAGCACCUCAUGAUAACAACAUUAUGCUUUGGAAUGCUGUCAUAUUUGGUCCAGAUGACACUCCGUGGGAUGGAGGCACGUUUAAGUUGACACUUCAGUUUACUGAGGAUUACCCAAAUAAGCCCCCCAGUGUUCGUUUUAUUUCUCGAAUGUUCCAUCCUAAUAUUUAUGCUGACGGAAGUAUCUGUUUGGACAUCCUACAAAACCAGUGGAGUCCAAUCUAUGAUGUUGCUGCUAUUCUUACAUCCAUACAGUCUCUGCUUUGUGAUCCAAACCCCAAUUCCCCUGCAAAUUCAGAGGCUGCAAGACUGUUUAGUGAGAACAAGCGAGAGUACAACCGGAGAGUCCGGGAGAUUGUGGAGCAGAGCUGGACAGCAGAUUAACAUCAUCCUCUGGUGCAAGAGCAGCAUUGGAAUGCUGUGAGGCAUGUUCCCAUGUCUCUCUCUAAUAUGUAUACAUUUUAGUACCGUGUUCAUUAUUUAAAUUCAUACAUUGUCAUUCUGCGGAUGUCUGCUUUGAUAUAUGUAGAAUUGUAGAUGAAUGAUCAAAGUCCGCCCCUUGUUUGUAAGUUAAUGGCGUUGAACAAUGUCAAUCUCCAGCCUUUUGUAGA